CGGACCGCGGGCCUUGUACAAUCGUCAAUCGGAUGCGGCAAGCGCAGCCGCGUGGACCGAAACUAGCUCCGCGUCUACUGUUAUCAGUCUGGACGUCCAGCAAAUCAGGAGACGUUGGCGAUAAGUUUGGCGCGUGUGUGCGGCGCCCAAGAAGCUGUGCGGGAGUCAGUCUGCACGAGGAUGGGCCGCUCGAGCAUCGAGGACGGCGAGCCGCGGCUGCACGCCGCGCCGGGCCGCCAGCUGCGCCUGCCCGGAUGGCUCACGCGGCGAGUCCCGCUGCUGGGCUGGCUGCCGACCUACACGUCCGGGGCCGCGGUGGCGGACCUCAUCGCUGGCCUCACCCUGGGCCUCACCAUGAUGCCGCAGAGCAUCGCGUACGCACAGCUUGCGGGCGUCAGCCCAGAGUUCGGACUGUACUCGGCCUUUGCGGGGGGCUUCGUCUACAUGUUCCUGGGCACCAUCAAGCAGGUGGUGAUCGGCCCGGCCUCCAUCAUGUCCAUCAUCACGCUGCAGUUCACCAGGGACAAGCCCAUCCCGUUCGUCCACCUUCUUGCGUUUUUCACCGGAAUAGGACAGCUGGCCAUGGCUGUCCUGCGCCUAGGCUUCCUGGUGGACUUCAUCUCGGCGCCGGUGGUGUCGGCCUUCACCUCAGCCACCGCCAUCAUCAUCAUGGUGGCACAGCUGCGGCCGCUGCUCGGCCUGUCCUUCCGGGCGCACGGCUGCGUCGAGACGCUGGUGCUGGUCGCGCGCCACGCCAGCGAGGUGCGCGUCGGCGACCUCGUCAUGGGCCUCACCUCCAUGGCCUUCCUCUGGUCAUUCAAGGCCUUGGCGUUUGUACCCGCGGACCCCAAGAGGCCGCUCGGGAAGGGACUUUGGUUCCUGUCCAUCUGCAAGAACGGCCUGUGCCUCACAUUUGCGACUGUGGCCGCAGGCCUGCUGCACCACAGGCUAGACGGCGGUGUGCCAUUCGCCGUCGUGGGUAACAUGCCGCCGGGGCUGCCCGCCAUCACGUUGCCGCCCUUCCAGGGCUUGGAGGUCGGGAACCAGACGGUCAGCUUCCUCGACAUGACGAGCGAGCUGGGCGUGGGACUCGUCGUCACCCCAGUGGUGGCGGUGCUCAUCAACAUCGCCAUCGGCAAGGCUUACGCGGGGGCGGCGAUGGGCGGCGGCGGCCUGGACGCCUCGCAGGAGCUGCUGGCGCUGUCCGCCUGCAACGUGCUGUGCGCGCUGGUGCAGGGCAUGCCCGUGUCCGGCGCGCUGACGCGCUCGGCGGUGGCCGAGGCCUCCGGGGUGCGCACGCCGCUGGCGGGCCUGUACUGCAGCGCGCUCAUCGUGGCCGCGCUCGCCUGGCUCACGCCCUCGUUCUACUUCAUCCCGCGGCCCACGCUCGCCGCCGUGCUCAUCGUGGCCGUGGGCAGCCUCAUCGACGUCCGCAUAGUGCCGCGGCUCUGGCGAGUCAACAAGCGCGACUUCGUGGUGCUGGUCGUCACCUUCUUCACGUGCCUGUGGCUGGGCGUGGAGGUGGGGCUGGUGGUGGGCAUGGCGAUGGACGCCACCCGGCUCCUGCAGCCCUGGGCGCGACCCUCGCUGUCCGAGGUGGUAAAAAAGAGUCCCGACGGCCCCGAGUACGUGCUGGUGCGCCCGUCCCUCGGCAUGCUGUACCCCGGGGUGGACACGCUGCAUGACCAGGCGACGCGCGCCGCCGACAACCUGGGCCGAGGGGAGCUCGCCGUCGUGGUGGACUGCAGCACCGUCGUCAGCGUGGACUACUCUGCGGCCGUGGCACUGGCGUCCUUCGCAAACGAACUUGGCGAGCGAGGACAGCGCCUGAUCCUACUGGACGCGAAUCCCAGCGCCCGCAGCACCCUCUUGGGCGCGGGGCUGGACCAGGACGCGUUCUGCGAGGAAGUCGGUCUGCAGGAGGUGCUCCGAGGCAACGAUGCGGAUGGCGAUAUUCUAAUACCCGCACCGACUCGACUACUGCCCGGGACCGAAGACGGUAUGAAACCGUCGAAUGAAGAAAUGGACGUUGCGAAUAAAACCUGAACAUCAGUAUUUUUGCAGUUUGGCAAUGAAUCAGAACCGACAGCUGACUUUGCGAGAAGCCGGCUGUUAGACAAUUCCUCUCUUAAGUAUUGUUGUUACAAACGUAAGAAGGCAUAUAUACCGAUCAACCAAGUGUGCAACUGUUUAGCACUUCUAAGUUUUUAACUGCAAGUUGGAUACUUGCAAGUGUUCAACUGCGUAGUAGUACACUUGCAAGUGUUCAACUUGGUAGUUCAGCGCUUCUAAGCAGACUGUGCAUACUUUCACCAUCGCGUUAAGCACUUGCAAUUAUGCAACUUGUAGUUGCCCACCUACUAGUGUUCAGCUGUUGCACACUUGGUUCAUCAGUGUGCGUUAUUUUAAGGAUAUAAUUGCGUCGACUCAACUUCUAUCCUUUAGAGACGUUUUUAAUAAAGCCACAAAAUCUAAA